AUGAUGCUGGGUGUGUGUUCCCUGCUUCUCCUCUGGGGUCUGGUGACUCCAUGCCAGGGGCUGCUGGAGACGGUGGGCACGCUCGCUCGGAUCGACAAGGAUGAGCUUGGCAAAGCCAUCCAGAACUCGCUGGUUGGGGGGCCCAUUCUGCAGAACGUGCUGGGGACAGUCACAUCUGUGAACCAAGGCCUCCUGGGCUCAGGAGGGCUGCUUGGAGGAGGCGGCCUGCUGAGCUAUGGAGGGGUUUUUGGUGUCGUCCAGGAACUCUCCGGGGUGAAGAUUGAGGAGAUCACGCUGCCGAGGGUGUCCCUGAAGCUGCUGCCGGGGAUUGGGGUGCAGCUGUGCCUGUACACCAAGGUGGGCCUGCAUGGCUCCGGCCCCCUGGGGGGCAUUCUGCAGCUGGCGGCCGAGGUGAACGUGUCGUCGCGGGUGGCGCUGGGCGUGAGCUCGCGGGGCACGCCCAUCCUCAUCCUCAAGAGCUGCAACACGCUGCUGGGCCACAUCAGCCUGCUCUCGGGGCUGCUGCCCGCGCCACUCUUCGGGGUCGUGGAACAGAUGCUCUUCAAGGUGCUGCCGGGACUGCUCUGCCCCAUGGUGGACAGUGUGCUGGGCGUGGUCAACGAGCUCCUGGGGGCUGUGCUGAGCCUGGUACCCAUUGGGGCUCUUGGGACUGUGGAAUUCUCUCUGGCCACACUGCCUCUCAUCUCCAACCAGUACAUAGAGUUGGACAUCAACCCUAUUGUGAAGAGUGUGGCUGGUGACAUCAUCGACUUCCCCAAGCCCCCUAAGCCUCCCAAGCCCGUCAAGGUUCCCCCCAAGGAGGACCACACGUCCCAAGUGACAGUGCCAGUGUACCUCUUCAACACCAUGUUUGGGCUCCUGCAGACCAAUGGUGCCCUCAACAUAGACAUCACUUCCGAUCUGGUUCCCAGUAAUGUCCCACUGACAACCACAGACCUGGCUGCCUUGAUCCCAGAGGCACUGGGGAAGUUACCCCCCAACCAGCAACUCCUGCUCUCACUGCGGGUGAAGGAAGUGCCCACGUUCACACUCCAGAAAAAGAAGGCCACGGUCUCCAUCCCAGCUGCCAUCCAUGUGAAGUUCUACGACCCUAAAGGGAACCCCGUAGCCCUCUUCGAGCUGAAUGGAGUUAUGACCCUAAAUGCCCAGCUGACUUCUUCGGCUACCAAGCUGCACGUCUCCCUGUCCCUGGAACGGCUCAGCGUCAAGUUGGCCUCCUCCUUUUCGCCUGCCUUUGACGUGUCCCGUUUAGAAGAAUGGCUCAGCGAUGUGAUCCGGGUGACAUAUGUGCCGAAGCUCAAUGUGGACCUGGAAGUUGGAAUCCCUCUGCCUAAAGUUCUCAAUGUCAAUUUUGCCCAUGCAGUUCUGGAGAUCAUAGAGAAUGCUGUUGUGCUGACCGUGGCAUCCUGAGGGACAGCUGCCAUCCCUCCCUGUUGAUGCCAGAGUCCUGUCCAUCUGCCUGCUCUGCCUCAGUUUCCCCC